CAGAGGGUUCUCCCGAAAGUUCGGCUCCCGAAAGCUCUGAUCCCGAUAACUAUGACUAUGAAGGAAGAAAUGGCGGUAACGGUAACGGCCGUAACGGUAACGGUAAGGACAAUAGAGCGGGAGGCAAGUCUAACGGUAACGGCAAUGGCAAUGGCAGCGGAAACGGAAACGGCAAUGGCGACGAUCUGAUGAUGCCACCGCCGCCGCCGCGCAUCGGCAGCGGUCGCGUGGGGAGCAGCGUGCUCAUAAUGACACCGGACGAGAUCCUCGAAGCCUACGAGAAGGCAUUACAGGAGGGGCUGGAGGAGGAGGAGGGCGACGGAGAGAACGGCACGCCGGGAGCGAAGCGCCGUCGACUCAGUCUAUGGUCGACGCUGUUGGCGGUGCGCGACGGGCUGCUGUACGUGGUCGGCGGUUUCUUGCGGUUCGUACUACGCUUCGACAUGCACGGCGGAACCGGAAACAACAUCAACUUCGUUGAGGGGCUGGUCGACUUCCUGGCGGGAUCGAUCGGUGGCGCCGCCCAGGUGUACGUGUCCCAGCCCCUCGACACCGUCAAGGUGAAGCUGCAAACAUUCCCGGAGGUGUACAGGGGGAUGUGGGACUGUUUCGUGAAAACCUAUCGCAAGGAUGGUUUCUUUCGGGGAUUGUAUGCCGGCUCGGUGCCCGCCGUCUUCGCCAAUGUGGCCGAGAAUUCCGUACUGUUUGCGGCAUACGGCGGAUGUCAGAAGUUCGUCACGUUUGUGGUCGGCAAGGAGAAGGCAUCCGAGCUGACGGUCGUACAGAACGCCUGCGCCGGCUCCCUGGCCGCCUGCUUCUCCACCCUCACCCUGUGCCCCACGGAGCUGAUCAAGUGCAAGCUGCAGGCCCUCCGGGAGAUGAAGCACUUUGUGGAGCCGGCUCAUCCGGAGGAUAUGCGCACCCCCUGGAGCCUGACACGCUACAUCUGGCGCACCGAAGGAAUCCGAGGCUUCUACAGGGGCUUGAGCUCAACGUUUAUACGAGAGAUGCCCGGUUACUUUUUCUUCUUUGGAAGCUACGAGGGCACUCGCGAGUUGCUGCGAAGCAAUGACCAAACCAAGGACGAAAUCGGACCAGUGCGAACAAUGAUCGCCGGCGCCAUCGGCGGCGUCUGCUUGUGGACCUCCACGUUCCCCGCCGACGUCAUCAAGAGCCGGAUCCAGGUGAAGAACCUGAAUGAGAGCAUGUUCGCCGUGGGCUCGGACAUUGUCCGGCGCGAGGGUGUCAUGGCCCUCUACCGCGGCCUCCUGCCGUCCGUCCUGCGCACGAUUCCGGCCACGGCCACCCUCUUUGUGACCUACGAGUACACCAAACGUGCCAUGCUCUCCACGCUUUGACACGAGCAUCUGCCACAUCCACCAGGAGUGCUUAAGACGUGCGUGGCCGCUGGCGGUCAUUACAAAAACAAAAACCACAACAAAAAUUAACAAAAAAAUUAUUAUAAUUAAUAAUCCAUUUUUUUCCACUAGAAAAUUCCUAGCUCGUAGUGUUGUGCCUGUGUAAAUUGUUCAGAUAAUUAUUAUGACUGACUUAAACCCGA